UAGCAGAGAUCGCUUGAAAACGCGGAGCGAGCGCUGGAGCCCCUGUGCUGCUGUGGGUUUCCUUCCCUGGAGGUCCUCAGCUGAUCCCUGCAGGAAUGGCCCCGGGGCUCAGUGCUGCUCCACCAGUUGUGCUUCUGCUCCUGUCCCUGCUGGGUCUGGCUGCUGCUGGGAAGCUCCUGGUGGUGCCAGUGGAUGGGAGCCACUGGCUGAGCAUGCGGGAGGUGGUGGACAUGCUGAGGCAGAAGGGACACGAGGUGGUCGUGGUGGCACCUGAAGUGACUUUGCACAUCAAACCAUCAAAUAACUUUGUUAUGAAAAUGUACUCGGUCUCCUACACAAAGGAAGCAUUGGAGAAAGCAUUCCAGGCCUUUUUUCAUAGUUCCUUUGAAGAAGGUUGGAUUUUGAAGAGAUUACUGAAAGGGUACAAGGGUAUGAAAGCCCUCACUGACUGUUGGGUCACCAGCUGUGUGCGGCUGCUGCAGAACAAGGAGCUCAUCAGGUACCUUGAGGAGAGCAAGUUUGAUGCCAUCCUUACAGACCCUGUGGCAACUUGUGGGAUGAUCCUGGCUGAGCAUCUUUCCCUUCCUUCUGUGUAUUUCUUACGAGGAGUCCCGUGUGGGUUAGACUUAGAUGCCAGGCUGUGUCCCAAUCCUCCUUCCUAUGUGCCCAGGGUAUUUACUGACCUUACAGACCGCAUGUCCUUUCUGCAGCGAGUGAAGAAUCUGCUCUUUGAAAUUCCAAAUGGUUUCCUCUGUGAUUUUGUCUUUUAACACUACUCAAAACUGGCUUAAGAGUUCCUGCAGCGGGAGGUGACUUUGCAGGAUCCCUUACGGAAGGGCUCUGUUUGGCUCUUGAGGAUGGAAUUUGUGCUAGACUACCCCAGACCCUUGAUGCCCAACAUGAUUCCCAUUGGAGGAGUAAACUGUGCUCACAAGGGUCUGCCUCAGGUGGGUCACACUCUUUUUUUAAUCCAUUCCUUGAUUGAUUCUGUGUUCAGGAGGGUGGAGUUCUGUGUUGUGAUAGAAAUCAGGUUCCCAAUUUCUGGCGAGUGA